AUGGACACCCCAGACGGUCCGAAUCUGGAACGUGACGUCCAACGGAUUCUGGAGUUAAUGGAGCACGUUCAGAAGACAGGAGAAGUGAAUAAUCCCAAAUUGGCAUCACUUCAACAAGUUCUUCAAUCUGAAUUCUUUGGAGCAGUUCGAGAAGUUUAUGAGACUGUCUAUGACUCGAUUGAUGCUGAUGCAACGCCUACGACGAAAGCCGCCGCCACCGCCAAAGCGACAGUCGCUGCAUUUGCCGCCGCCGAAGGCCACGCCCACCCACGUAUCAUUGAAUUGCCGAAGACGGAUCAGGGACUUGGAUUCAAUGUGAUGGGCGGAAAAGAACAGAAUUCACCUAUUUAUAUUUCUAGAAUUAUCCCCGGUGGAGUCGCGGAUCGUCAAGGCGGUCUGAAACGAGGAGAUCAAUUGAUUGCGGUGAAUGGAGUGAACGUGGAAAGCGAGUGCCAUGAAAAAGCGGUGGAUCUUCUGAAAUCAGCCGUUGGAAGUGUGAAAUUAGUCGUCCGUUAUAUGCCAAAAUUACUCGAUGAAAUGGAGAGAAGAUUCGAGAGACAACGAUUAAGAUCCACUCAACAGAGUCCAACACUUCCAACACCUUCUGGACCGUCGACGGCGUCGAGGAGAUAG